AUGGGAACUUCGAGUGCAAAUGACAUGGACGUGGUCGUGGACGUGGACGUGGACGUGGACAUGGACAUGGACAUCUACGUGGACAUGGACGUAGACGUGGACAUGGACGUGGACGUGGACAUGGACGUGGACAUGGACGUAGACGUGGACCUGGACGUGGACGUGGACGUGGACGUGGACGUGGACGUGGACGUGGUCGUGGACGUGGACGUGGACGUGGACGGGGACAUGGACAUGGACGGGGACGUGGACGUGGACGUGGACGUGGACGUGGACGCGGACGUGGACGCGGACCUGGACGUGGACGUGGACGUGGACGUGGACGUGGACCUGGACGCGGACAUGGACGUGGACAUGGACGUAGACGUGGACGUGGACGUGGACGCGGACGUGGAUGUGGACGUGGUCGACUUGGACGUGGACAUGGACGUGGACGUGGACGUGGACAUGGACGUGGACGUGGACAUGGACGUGGACGUGGACGUGGACAUGGACGUGGACGUGGACAUGGACGUGGACGUGGACGUCGACGUGGACACGGACGUGGACGUGGACGUGGACAUGGAAGUGGACGUGGACGUGGACGUGGAGGUGGACGUGGACGUGGAGGUGGACGUGGACGUGGACGUGGACGUGGACGUGGACGUGGACGUGGUCGUGGACGUGGACGUGGACAUGGACGUGGUCGUGGACGUGGACAUGGACGUGGACGUGGACGUGGACAUGGACGUGGACGUGGACAUGGUCGUGGACGUGGACGUGGACGUGGACGUGGACGUGGACGUGGCGAUGGACGUGGACGUGGACGUGAACGUAGACGUGGACGUGGACAAGGACGUGGACAUGGACGUGGACGUGGACGUGGACGUGGACAUAGACAUGGAGGUGGACGUGACGUGGACGUGGACGUGGACGUGGACGUGGACGUGA